AUAGAAACGCGCCAGCUCCGAUCCGUUACGUUAUACCCGUUUUUUCUGAACAUUAACAAAACAAGGCAAAAUUGCAAAUGGGGUUUCAAGAACCAGUACACAACAAUGGGUGUGGUGAUCCAGAACCAAGUAUGGGAGCCACCCCCUUGGCUCAAUCUCUUCCUCUUCUCCUCUUCUUUCGUCUCCAUUUUUGGGUUUACUUUCUUCUCUAACAAUGCCAACCCAUCAACUGCUUUCGAUCUUGGAAGCUCUCAUUCUCUUUCUUCCAUCUUUCUAAGAUUUCAAAGGACCUUCUUGGCUAUAUACUCGCUUGUUUCAGUGCUUGAGGGGCUACAAUCUGUUUAUGGAGAGGUUGAGUACAGUUAUUAUGGUUUUACAAGGGAUCAGAUGUUCAUGGUUGUUCUCUAUGGGUUUAUUGUUUGCACUUCUGUUGGUACUUUUUUGGGUUUCUUUGCUAGUUCCAUGGAUCAGAAGAAGGCUUGUGUUAUAUGUUGCAUUUUCCAUCUCGUUGCAUCUGUCUUAAAGGGUUUGGCUAAGCUUCCAUUAUUGUCUAGUAUCUGUUCAGCGAUAGCAUCAUUUGUAUUUUCCUACAGUUUUGAAGCAUGGAUGGUAUCUGAGAUUGAGAAGCUCGGUUUUCGACGUGACUCUCUAAAUGAAAUGUUUUGGUUAAUGACAUUUUGGGAAUCUGUUGCUCUCAUUGGAAGCCAAGUGAUAGCGAAUUGGUUGAUCAGUGGGAAUAUUGAGAAUGGGGUGGUUUUCCCAUCAGCUGUUGCUGCUUAUAUGGCUAUCGCAUGUUUGAUUUGCAUUGGCAAAGGUUGGAAAACAAGUGUUUUCACUUCAGUAUCAAAGAGCCAUGAGAUGGCUUUUUCUCCUCCAAUUCUCAUUGAUAAGAGGGUAUAUUUAUUGGGAGUAGCACAAGCAUGUGUUCACUUUGCUCUGACUAUCUUCUGGCUACUUUGGACACCUACCAUAGUGGCUGAUGGUAGAGAAGUCAAUAUGGGGAUGAUAUAUCCAUGUCUACUCGGUGCAAGGAUGCUUGGCAGCACUGCAUUUCCAUGGAUGGUGACUGGACCAUUUUCAAUAAGGACAGAGGAUUAUGUGAUCAUGGCCUUUGCAGUUGCAGGUGUCAUGUUGUUUGUGCCAGCUUUUGAUUAUCAGGAGAUUUGGUUUCUAGUUGCUGUGUUCUGUAUCUUCCAUGCGUGUGUCGGAUUCAUUCUACCUUCACUUGCAAGACUGAGAAGCUUGUUUGUACCAAAUGAUCAUCGUGCAGCGAUGAUGAGCAUGUAUCACGCAGUCGCGAGUUGCAUGGUUUUGUUGGUUCUGGGCGUAGACUUCUACGUUUGGAAGCUUGGAAAUGCAUGCAUUAUGGGCAUGGCUGUAGUGGGCUUGUUUGCUGCUGGUUUCUGCAUUUACAAUCUUAGGAAGCCUCAACAAGAUCACCGCUCACUUUAGAUGCUGAUAUCAACUAAUUAUCGAAUCGAGGAAGGCCAGACAUUAACAUGCAGAUUUUCUCCAUGAUAUUCAUUCAUGACUUGCUCUCCAUGAGAGCACAAAGUUUUGCAAGCGACUGAAAGUGAUCUCCCCAAGUCUCAGAAAUCAGCCAAGGUUUAUCAUGCAUGAGGAUCCCGAAAUUUUAGCAUUCAUCAGGCUCUCUUGGAUGGGUCAGUUUUGCCAUUUACAAGGGAUUUCCUUUUUUCGGGACUUUGGAACAUAGUACCUGGAGCAUCCUCAUAGAUCAGGCAAAGUGGUCUUCAGAUAUGGAAUAUUAGAACUCUUUAGACCCUUAAUUUUUUGGGACUAUUUUGCCCUGUUUUGCUUGGAAUUUUAAGCAUCCAUGCCAUGAAUCAGGCAUCCAAUAGUUGGUCAAAAAAAUUUGAGUGGUAUCUGCUGAAAGUUUGGACUA